CCCUUCUUCAGGUCAUAUGUUCCUUUGAAAAAAAAAAAAGGAGUAUUCUUUUUAUGAAAUAUUUCAUCCCAGCGGACGAUUUUUGGACUACUGAAGGGAGUUCAGGAGAGAACCAAGAUUGUUGGAAGUGUUCAGCUUUUUAAGAAAAUCUCCAAGGACCAAGGGCUACUCUUAAACAGGUGACAAGAUUUUCAUUUGGAUUCGGAGAGAUCCUUUGACUGACAAAGUGAUGGAAAACAUCGUACAGCAGGCUUCUUCUUUGAAACCUUUAUUAUGAAUUAUGGAGGAGUUAGGCACCGUUUCAGCCUCUGAGUAUAAUGACAGCACCCCAGCAUGGGCAUCUAUGCCCUCUGCUCCCAGCAGACAGCAGGAAACACUUCCCAACCUGCAGACACGAUUCAAAGACAUGACAGGGAUGCUCUUCAUGGUGACCCUGAAUGUUCUUGCACUCCUGGCCAACACAGCUGUGAUGGUGGUUGUCAUCAAAGCCCCUCAUCUCAGGAAGUUUGCCUUUGUGUGUCACCUCUGUGCAGUGGACCUGCUGUGUGCCAUCCUGCUAAUGCCUCUUGGCAUCGUGUCCAGCUCGCCAUACUUUGCUGGUAUUGUGUUCACUGUACUGGAGUGCCAGAUCUAUGUCUUCCUCAAUGUAAUCCUUAUAGCUGCCUCUAUCUUCACAAUUACAGCCAUCAGUGUGGAACGGUAUUACUAUAUUGUUCAUCCCAUGCACUAUGAGGUCAAAAUGACUCUGAAGCUGACCUCAACUGUUGUGAUAUUGGUGUGGGUGGCCUCUGCCAUUCUUGGCUUUUCCACAAUUUUUGGAUGGCCAUCUUAUGGCCUGAGGUCCAUAAGUGCUGCACACUGUUCACUCCACUGGAGCCACAGGGAUCACAGGCGUAUUUUCUCUGCCCUCUUCAGCGUCAUUUGUUUUUGUCUGCCAGCUGUGGUCAUUUUUGCUGUCUACUGUAACGUAUACAAGGUUGCCCGUGUGGCAGCGCAGCAGAAUGGACCCCUGCCCUCAUGGACGAACACUCAGGUCAAGCAUCGCUCGGACUCCAUAAACAGCCAGACAACCAUCAUUACAACUCACCACGUCCCUCGCAGGAUUACACGUGGGCGACCUUUUAUUGGAAGCAAAGCUGCUCUCACCCUUGUGAUUAUUGUUGGUCAGUUUCUAAUCUGCUGGCUUCCUUACUUUGCCUUCCACCUCCAUCUGAUUCAAGAUUCAAAUCCUCACACCCCUAAUGACUUGGAGGAAGUGGUCACCUGGCUUGCAUAUUCCUCUUUUGCUAUGAACCCUUUCUUUUACGGACUCCUAAACAGGCAGAUCCGCGAGGAGCUGUAUAAGCUCAGGCGCUGCUACUCAGUAUACCCAACAGACUUGGCUUGUUCCAGCCAUGAGGGCUCAGGCCAGGAAAACUUCUUGCAGUUCCUUCAUAGGACUAGUUGCACCAUAGAGACACGUGCAAGUUUUGCAAUACCUAGUCCCAGAACCACCCUAGACCACGCUCAGCAGACUGGUUUCAGGAUACCAGGUCAGAUUCCAGAAGAGUUGAAUUAGAUAUAGUGUACUACUUUGACAUAAUCUUAAUAACAUUUUGUAUUAUAAAAAAUAUUUAUUGUCUAACAGGUAUGCAUAACAGGUUUGCACUGAAAAAUAAGAAACAAGAUUAGUUGUGUCUUGCUUCAGUACCCAGAUUUUAAAAAGUUCUGAAAACUACAAUGAAGCCAUUAGAGAUGUUUCACAAAAUUAACUUUACUUUUUUAAAGAAUAUUUUAGACAUAAGUGUCCUUUAUUUUGUUAUUUUUUCAAGUAUGUAGAUAUGAAACUGGGUUACAAGAGGGGGGAGAGGCGUCUGGCAAAGGUAAGGAGGACCAGUACUCGAAACCUGCAACAGCAGGUGUUUGGGUCAUGCACUCUACCUCCACACCAUAGCAGCACCCCAAGCUUUACAUUUUUAAGCUAUUCAAAUAAUGAUACCGUUCGAAGCAAUCACUAGUUCUAUUUUAAUGAAAAUGAGGAAUAUGUAUAUUAUAUUAUUUAUUGAGUAGUCGGAAUCAGUCAACAGGUUUUCAUACAAAUAGUGCAGAAUGGUGCAGACGGCCUCAUUUAAAUAUGGAUUUUGUGUGCUACUGGCUGCCAUCAAGGAUAAUUGGGAAGAGCAGAGAUGGAAAAGACAAUGAUAACAAUAAUACUUUCAAUUCAUACAUUCCACUUUACAAAUGAGUAUCCCAAAGUUCUACAAAACAAGAGUAAAACAUUUAAACAAGUUUUUAAAAUUAUAAAUUACAAAAUCUCCCAAAGAAAAGUUUCUAUUCUUUUUCUUAAAUACAUAACAACUUUUGUGCACUAAAAUGAUCAACUGAGGACAACGCCCUUGUCUCUGCCUAUACAGACCCUAUUAUAUUCCCAUGAUCUCUAGUGGCUGUCUGUGUUUAGUUUUGUAGAAGAUUACAUUUUCAUAACCUUCUCUCUGUAUUGUGCAUGUUUUGAUGAUCAGCACAUGGUCUGCAUAUUCACAAAGGAAAACUGGACAAAAUGUAAGACCUACUGUUCUACUCAUUGUAGAGCGGAAAGUCAGCGUGGACCUGGUUGAUAGUUCAGUUUUGUGUGGUAUUAUGUUUGUAUAGGUUUUUAGUGGAUCCGGCACCGGGCUAUCUUAGAGAAGCAAUUGUAAAAUGAGGAAAUAAGAAAAAGAAUAGUUUACAUUUUUUUUUUUUUAUUAAAAACAAAAUGUGGCAUGUAUUUUUUUUAAUUGUCUGUAAUAAUGUUUUCUUUUUUUUUACUCAGAAGUUCAAAUUUCCAAGUUCAUGCUUUUUUCACCUUCUUUAAAACCCAACAUGGCUGCCUCAGUGUUAAAGGUUGAGAUACCUCAGUUGCAAUUAAAAAAACAAAAAUAUUAUAUCUGUACUUGUGACAAUGCAUAUCAAUUUAACUCUCUAACAAAAGCAAUGUUAAUCUCCUUCUGUUAAUAUGUAGUGUGUGAUAUAAAAAAUGUAAAACAUUGUCUUUAGAUUUGACUAUAAAUAACAGAUACCUUGAAAACCAAGUAUUUCAACCAACAUAUCAAACAUUUGUUUAAAUUGUAAUAUGUUUUGUUUUUGGAUGUCAUUACCUGAGAAAUUAAUGAUAGUAAUAUUUCAUCUAAGUACCACUAAAGGUGUGCAAGGGACCACCAGUAAUAGUUGUACCAAAGUUUAAGGUUAUGGAUCAAAGCAAAUUUCCUGUGUGAGACCAGUCCAGUCAAAGUACAGACUGACAUCAAAUCAACGAUAUGAGGAACAACUUGAAAAUAGUUUUACACAUUACACAUUAGUUAUUUUGUUGAAAGAGUAAGAUACAAUUUUAGUCUUGAGAAGUGUAAAGCUGGUAGAAACAUAGCCCAAUAUGAAGAUGGACUUUCAGUGAAAUGUGUCUUGCAGCAUUUGCUUUUCACAUUUAAGCUUCAGACUUACAGCAUGUAUCAUUUUCUAUCCUCUUCACAAUAAUGAUCUAUUUUCUGCUUGUCUAUCAUCUAUAGUAACA